AUGUCGAAACCCACCUACGACCGCGCCGAUGCCUCUGCUCUUCUCGACGACCGCGGCUACUCGGGCCAGCUGAUCCGCGGCCAAAACCCCGCGCUGCUGUUCGAGAAGGGCGUGCGCGAGCGCAUCACCGAGUCGUAUUACUGGAAGGAGCAGUGCUUUGCGCUCAAUGCCGCGACCCUGUGCGACCGCGCCGUCGAGCUCAAGUUCAUUGGUGGCACCGCGGGUAUCACAGGCAGGCCGACGCCGUUCCUGUGUCUGGCCUUCAAGAUGCUGCAGCUUGUGCCUGAGAAAGCCAUUGUGCUGGAAAUGCUCAACUUUGCAGGGGACGAAGAGGACGAGGAUGAGGACGACGUAAAGGAGGAGGUGAAAGAGGAGAAGGAGGAGGGCGAAGAGAACCCAGAGAACCCAGAGAAGAAGAGAGACCUCAACGCCGAGGGCAAGUUGGGCACCUUCAAAUACCUCCGCUGUCUGGCCGCCUUCUACAUCCGCCUGGCCUGGGAUCCCGUCCAGAUCUACACCACCCUCGAGCCGCUGCUCACCGACUACCGCAAGAUCAAGCGGCGGCUGAAGGAGAGCUUUACCCUGACCUACGUGGACCAGUUCAUCGAUGAUCUUCUCACCAAAGACCGCAUAUGCGCGACCAGUCUGUGGAAGCUGCCCAGCAGAGCUAAUCUGGAGGAUCUGGAUAUGCUGGAACCGCGAGAGAGCCCGUUGGGCGACGAGAUAGAUAUGCUGGAUGAGGAGGACGAGAGAGCAGCGAGGGAGGUGAGUGUGCGGAGUGAGAGGAGCGCGAGGAGCGUCAGGAGCGCCAGGAGCGCCAGAAGCGCCAGAAGCGCCAGGAGCUACCGAAGUCGAAGCUAUGAUAGCAGGAGCCGCAGCAGGAGCUAUGACAGCAGAGACAGAAGCCGAAGCCGGAGUCGGACGAGGAGCCACGACAGCAGAGACCGACGGCGGAGUCGGAGCCCUGGUGAGAGGAGUGAUGGCGAGCGCAGCAGGAGUCGAACAAGGAGCCGCAGCAGAAGCCAAGGGAGGGACUGA